GCUCAGCGCGGGGUGGGGCCGCUCUAACCUCCACCCGCUUUGCCGCAGGCGCGGGGCAUUGUGGGGCGGCAAGAUGGCGGCGCUCAGCGCAGGGCGGACUGCGGUCAGGGGCCUCCUGCGCGCCCCGCGCGGCCUCUGCCGGCCUCUGGGCGCCUCCGCCGCGCUGCAGCAGAUCCCGCGGGCCAAGUCAGAAAAUGCAAAGUCAGAGGGCACGUUCCAGGUCACCAUGCUGCCUGGGGACGGCGUGGGCCCGGAGCUGAUGCACGCCGUCAAGGAGGUGUUCAAGGCUGCCAGCGUGCCCGUGGUCUUUGAUGAGCACCACCUGAGUGAGGUGCAGAACAUGGCCUCGGAGGAGAAGCUGGACGAGGUGGUGGACUCCAUGAAGGAGAGCAAAGUGGCCAUUAUAGGCAAGAUCCACACCCCCAUGGAGUACAAGGGAGAGCUGGCUUCUUACGACAUGAGACUGAGGCGCAAAUUGGACUUGUUUGCAAACGUCGUCCAUGUGAAGAGCUUGCCAGGCUAUAAAACACGCCACAACAACUUGGACCUCGUGAUCAUUCGUGAGCAGACAGAGGGGGAGUACAGCUCUCUGGAGCACGAGAGUGCGAAGGGGGUCAUCGAGUGCCUGAAGAUCAUCACCAGGGCCAAGUCGCAGCGCAUCGCCAAGUUCGCCUUCGACUAUGCCACCAAAAAGGGGCGCUCCAAGGUGACAGCUGUGCACAAAGCCAACAUCAUGAAAUUGGGUGAUGGACUCUUCCUGCAGUGCUGUGAGGAAGUGGCAGAACUCUACCCCAAGAUCAAGUUUGACACCAUGAUAAUUGACAACUGCUGCAUGCAGCUGGUGCAGAACCCCUACCAGUUCGACGUCCUGGUGAUGCCAAACCUCUAUGGGAACAUCAUCGACAACCUGGCAGCUGGUUUGGUGGGCGGUGCAGGCGUGGUGCCCGGGGAGAGCUACAGUGCUGAGUACGCCGUCUUCGAGAUGGGCGCCCGCCACCCUUUUGCCCAGGCUGUGGGCAGGAACAUUGCCAACCCCACAGCCAUGCUGCUCUCGGCCUCCAACAUGCUGCGGCACCUCAACUUGGAAUUCCACUCCAACUUGAUCUCAGAUGCGGUGAAGAAGGUGAUCAAAGUCGGAAAAGUUCGGACGCGGGACUUGGGAGGUUACUGCACCACUUCUGACUUCGUCAAGUCUGUGAUUGACAACCUGCACCCCCACUAUGGUGCCUAGGAGCCCCACUCGCCCGCGGCGAGCCCUGGGACCUCACUGCGCUCUGCAGCAGCCCCCCCCCCCCCACUGUAGCUUAAAGCCCCACAGCCAUCCUUCCCCUGCCCUCGCCCUGGCUGCCUGCUCCCUGGGCCUCGGGGGAAGGAGGGGGCUUUCCUCUUCCCCAGCCCAGUGCCCACCCAGAGCCAUGGUGGCUUCAACUCCCUUCUCCCCAUAGCCCAGAGAGGUGCUGGGGGAGGUGGCACCCCCCAGACACACCCCAAGCAGGCAGCUCUGCAGAACAGUGGGACCUGGGGUCCUGCCGAUAUCUUCCCUUGCCCUCAGAGGCUUUAGCAAUAAAAAGGACCCCAGGGCUGAGGCCCUGUGCUGGGGGUGUGCAAGGGCAGCUGUUUGGUGGGAGCAUCCUGUGUGGCACAGUCCUACGUGCAGCAAAGGGAGAUGCAAGGUUUGAGAUGUGAGCUGCCCCAAGAACAAGGGCAGCCCAGAAUCAGCCGUGUGUCCUGUCUUUAUGAGUGGCUGGUGGCUGUGCCUGGGGCUGUGAGCUGAGCCCCUCUUCCCAGGGCAGCAGCUGCUCACAGCUCCCUGCUGCUCCUCCUGUGCUUGCCCAACCACGGGAAGGUGGGGGUCAGGUGGCCGCCUGGGCUGAGCCCUGCUGACCUUGCAGGGGGGAUGGGGCUGCAGGAGCUCUUGGUGGGACCACGGGAUGCUCUGCCCCACAGCUGUGUGUGUGAGUGAGUGUCUGGGACAUGUAUUUAACUAACUGUGCUUUGUAUUUUGUAUGCAAAUAAAGGGUCCAAAUGCUCCCCCCCACCCUGAUGCCAUUUCCCCACAGCACUGCUUGCUGCCUGCACCCCAAAUCACCCCACCAGCGUCCUGGCAAGGGGCAGGGCCUGUCCUGGGCUGCAGCUGGGACACAACCCCCUCCCUGCAAGGAGUGGGCAGAGCAGCUGCCUUACACUCCUCUCUUCCUUCAGCCAUCUCGUAGUGCAGCUGCUGGAAGCAGAAGCAGCAGCAGCUUCAGUUAGGGUUCUGUAAGGCAGAGGGAGCUGCGAGCCUGAGCUGUAAGCAGGGGCAGAGAUCCUUAGAGACAGUGCACAGAGGAGCACUCGCCAAAGCCCAGAGGGGUAGAUGAACACCUGCAGCACGUUGUUGGACACCCCCAGCCCUUCCCCAGCCACAGGGGCCACCGCCAGCCCAAGGCAGCUCAGGGCCUCUCCCUCCUCACUGACGCUGCCUUUCCUUGCAGGUGCGCACAGCAGACAUGGGUGGAUACGCCACGUCCCUGGAUUUCACCCAAGCUGUGAUUGGGGCCCUGGAUGUGUAGGGCUGCUGCUCAUCCUCUGGCAGCCCUGCUGCUCCCACUGCCUGCUCGGUAAUUUAUUGCUUCCCUGUAAUAAAGCAGCCUCUGCAAUGUAA